UUCAAUUUAAAAUAUGACCGGUCUGACCAUUUUGGCCGCUUAAUGGAAGCGCCCUACGUUAGAAACACGUAGAUUUAAUGCAGGUGAUACCGAAAUGCAGGCCAGGGUUAGAGUAAUUUUGUAAAACCUUUUUAGUAUUCGCAAAAUAUAACGGCGCCAUCUACCCCCAGCCAAGCAUCCUGUAUGCGAGUUACAGCUGCUUUUUUUCGCAACUACUUCUCUCCUGCGUGACUCAAACGCUGUGCACACGCAAACGCGUUAAUGGUAUAGAUAAUAAGGCAUCUUAACCCACCAUUAACAUUUUGCUUUUAAUGCAAGCGGUUGGCGAACGAGAAGCCUAUGGCUAUGUUUUACAUGAGUCAUGACUCCAUGAAUUAUAUUUAUAUGCACCAGUUCUGCUUAAUGUUUUGUAAUUGUCAGGGCUGUGGAAACAUAAUUUUAAAGCUGCAGGCUAUUUUACAUUUCCCUAAUGCCGUAUGCGACAUAGACCCAUGGAAUACUAAUCUAUAUUUCAAUUUUCUUUUGAUGCAAAUGCCAGUCUUCAUAAAUAAGGGACUCACAAGCCACCUUGUUGGCCUUACAAGCCACCUUGUUUCCUUUCAAAAAUGGCAUUGAAUGAAUAAGGGGGAUUGAAUAUUUGACCUGUAUAAUGCAGUUCGACUAGCGCCAAUGGUAUUGCGAUAUAUGUAUAUCACUAAUUUUAAUUCAAGUUUUCAACAUGCGUUUUGCAUGUGUUUGUGUUUCAAAUGUAAACAUGUUUGAUGAGUUGUAGAUUUAAUCUUGAUAAAUGUGUUUGAAUUACGUGUUUGUCGCAUUUGAAUUCUAAGAGGCAUAUGCAUUAUGCAUGAUUCUUGUUUUUUGUAAAUUAAAUGGUUUUUAUACUUUAGGGGCAUCUCUUAAUCAAAAGCAUGAGUUUGAACGCACAAAAAAGAACCAUAAAAAAUUAUACAUCCCCCCGCCUUUCGUACUUCAUGUAUAUAUGCAUAUAUGGCACUUUGUUCCUAUUGCAUGUCAUACAUCUACCAAACGCUUGCAUGAUAAACAUUUCAUGUCGUUUGUUUCAUCUAAUGAAUAUUUAAAUACUAAAAUGAAGUGUUUUCCUGUUCACGGUUGUUUUCAGUAUGUCUCCUUGCGAGAACUUAGCGUUUUAGGCAUUUCACCGCUGCAGCUGUUCCGUUGUACCCCGUGGUGAUAGGGAAGAGCUAUUCAGUGAUAUAUAAAUAUGACUGAGUGAAGCAUAUUACAAUUUAUUUGCUGUUGCACAAACAUCGAAUGUGUUUAUAUGACGAGUGAACAGGCGAACGAUUAUCAGAUUGCCGUACUUGUGCGUGAUAUAGUAGGCAAAUUUGAAAAAAAAAACACUCCAGCUAAGGCCAGAGCCUAAUAUUUAAGGGUGAGUUAUCAUUAAAUAUUUUUGACGCGAUUUGCUGAUGUUUGUCUUGCUUAUUAAUCCUAUAAUCCUCGUGGGUCUCCUGCCAUCACAACGUGUUGGCAAUGAUUUACAUGAAGUUCUUUAAAUUUCGUGCCGUUUUCCAGCAUAUAACAAUAUAAACAUGUUUAUGUGAAUUUUUAAUUGACACGCCGUUUUUCGUAUGUCUCAGAAUAUGUCUCAGGUAUUGUAAUCUCAACUAUCUUGUUAAUCAGUUAACCAUGAAUAUAUUGUGCAAAAAGACUAGUUAACCUGAAUAUGCUUAGAAGGUAUUCAGGUAUGUGGGUGCAUUUUUGCAUGAUGCUGAUCGCUUGCGGUAGAAACAUUUGAUGGACCUAUCAUAAUCGGUUAAACUGUCAUGUUUCCAGAAGAUAAUCUUGGCAUCAAUAGAAUAUUUAACAUAUUUCGGUUUGCUUCGAUACGGUCGCUUUAAAAAUUGCUCAUCGAAUUUACACCAACUGAGCGCGCCUCAAAGUAUUAACGUGCGCAAAAUAUACCUCAGCACGCGCAUCGAAUGGACGCGAUCUUAACAAAAUUCGUUCUAAAGAGGUUAAUUUAUAUAGCAUGCUUGCGAAGUUGGGAAUCAAAUUGAAUUAAGAAAAUAAUGAGUAGAAAUGACAAUACUAUUGUGUUUGCUUGCGGGUUUUUACUAAUUUGUCCAAUAUUAUUUGCAGUCAUAACUCAAUAUUUGUUCAAAGCCAUGUUUCUUUGACCUUUAGGUUUAAUCAUGUGAAGACUUGACCUAUUUACGUAAUAGCUGAUACUAAGCUGCUAGUCACUGAUAGACACAGACAAUUGUCACGAACUUACCGUGUAUAAUAACUUGUGCAUCUUAAAAAAUAAAGUGUUGGAAUACUGUGCAUUCUUAGUGGCAAAGAGUCUUGUGUUGUUCUGGGAGUAGAAAGGCUUUUAAAUCUUUAAAAAGUUGAAUCAGACAAUGGCCUCUAAUAAUAGCAUAUGAAGAUGGCACUUUACGUGUUGGAAACAAAAAACCUCUACAUUGCCUCUGCGUUAUAUGUUCUAAUAUCCCUGAUGAGUAUCAUUGGGAACAGUUUGGUCCUAGCUGCAUAUUUUAAAACAUCCAAGAUUCGUAAUAAUAGAACAAAUUUCUUAAUCGUGAGCCUGUCAUGCGCUGAUAUGAUUGCAGGCUGUUUUGCAAUUCCACUGUACAUGUACUUGAUGCUGAUUCAAUUCAGAGGAUAUAAUCAGAGUGCUGAAUAUUUUGUUUAUCAGUUUACCGACGUAUUUUCUAUAACCGCAUCUGUGUGGCAUUUGGCCUUUAUCAGUUUAGAAAGAUAUUUUGCAAUUAUAUGGCCAGUUAUCCACCACGUGGCGACAUCUACAACAUGGUUCAUUGCUAUUGGAAUAUUAUGGUUUAUCUCCAUUUUAUCUGCGGGCCUAUCGUUGGAGCUUUAUAAGUUCAAAAUGAAAUACAUCAUUUACAAUACCGCCUCUCUGUUCGGCCUGCCUGCGAUCAUCAUUAUCUUCUGCUAUUUGUCUAUAAUGUACUCUACGAUACGCCGCUCAUAUGUAACAUCGAGGCAAACCUUUGAACGGGAACUCAAGGUGUCUCUAACUAUAUUCAUUUUAAUAUUUCUGUUUAUUAUAUGCUGGUGUCCAUUUUUCACGGCUGCCUUAGUCAGCAGUAAAUGCCAUUGUAUCUCACUGACAGUUGUGGUAUACCUCAAAGCCUUGCAUUUUGCUACCAGUUGUGUAAAUCCUGUGGUCUAUGCUGCUCGGAUACCGGAUUUUAGAAAAGCAUUUACAAAAAUCCUUCCCAAACAAAUCGUAACGUUUGUUUUCUGUUUGCUGCACCCAAGAUCUCGGGAAAGUCCGCCAGGACCUCGGGCACGCGCGUCAAGUACGUUGUCUUCCACGCUCGUGAUGACUGAUGGGGGAAGGCGAAGGGCAACCCUUUUGGAAAACAAGGGGGCAGUGGACCAACUACCCGUGGCCAAAGAUAGUCCGAUGGCUAGCAGUGUAACGUCAAACAAAUGUGUCACAUUCCUCUCUGAUAGUCCGUCGUCAUCCGCAACGGGAGUGGCCCAGUUAACGAAAGUGUAAAGUUCACUGAUCUAUAAACAAAGAUGAUGGCUGGAUAUUCCAUGUGUUCGGUUCAGGAGUAUGCUCCGUCAAUUUCUAGUGGUUGGAUCAAGUGAUGAAGAUAACAUCUUCACUAUUGAUCGAGUGGUCUGAUUGAUAAGAAAAAAGUUGGCCACAAACAAGGACAAGUUAAAUGACGUGCAUGAACCCAUGAGUUCACAAAACACGAGAACAUGAAACAAGACAUGAACAUCUCUAAAUAUUGGCACAGAAGGGAGAACAUGAAACAAGACAUGAACAUCUCUAAAUAUUGGCACAGAAGGUAUCAUGCUUUUACUAGACAAUACAAACUUCAGCUCACGAUUUAUUAUUUUUUGCCUUCGAGUAAAGGUUUUCUGUCGUGUUCCAUUACUACGUAAACCCACUCACUGCAAAAAAGGAGCCUGCCGUUCUGUUAGGAAAAAAGAUUUAGUGAAAUCCUUGUAUAUUAUGUAUAUUAUGCAGUUAAUGUUUACUGAAAACACAAAAAAGACUGAACUCUGAGUCCCUGUUUCCACGUACCUGGAUAAGAGUGUUACGGUAGCGACCAUUUACAAUAGACCUUUCUCAUAAUGGCGUCAAGCGCGAAAAGUCCGAUGUUACACGUAGUUUGAUUGGAUCGUUAGUUUUUGGGAGCCAAUCAAACUUCGUGGAACAUGAAGUAUGAACACGUGGAGUAUGACUUUGUAACGGCUGCGUGGAAAUGGGACCUGGGUUCUGACUGAUAAUAGUAAAUCUUAGAUAGGAUGGGAACUGUAAAAUUGCUAAAUAUAUUAAAGUAUAGAAUUAUUUUAAAAAACUCUUGUCAUCAAAGAUAUGUCUACAGGACUU